UGGAAAAAAGAAAUUGUGAAAGUGAAAUGUGCACCACAAGAAAAGGGACCAAUCACCUCCCCAUUAUGACUCCUCUUGAAAGGACAGUGAUGAGGGGGCGGCUCGCACUCGCUGUCUUUUGGGUCCUAAUGGUCCAUUCCGUCACUGGCCCUUCCAUAAGAGGGAUCAUAUCCGACGGCAUGGAUCGGCUCGGGGGGCAGGGCCAGGUCCUUGGUCUCAGGACAACGACCGUGACUUGCACCCCAACUUACGGGUUCCUGCCCUGCACGACGGAGGUGUGGGGAGAGCUGUUCCUGAUAAUAGUUUAUGAGUACUUGUUGGCAGUCGCAUCACAUUAUGUGUCCUCAGGGUCGGAUUUGUUCUUUCGGAUGUUCGGGACGGGUAUCUUUGGGGCCAGUUUGUUCCAAAUGCUCGGCAGCAUUCCUCAAGUGGUGAUUAUGCUUGACCAGGAGGGUUUAACUAAUAACCAGAGGCCCUGGCAAGAUUGAAGGAAGUGAUCCAUCGUAGAGUCGAAAGCCCGAGUACCAAGGCCUAAUCUGGCCCACAUUGUGAAAUUUAUUGGGCCCUUCCAUCAAAAGAAUGGUUGUUCGGUUAGCGAUCUCAGUCUAUUUGGUUGUAUAAUCAUCAUAUAUUAUUAUACUGUAUUCUUUUAUGUUUUGUGUGGUCGACCCAAGCCCUCCAGAGUCCAGACAGUGUAAUAUGAAGAGUAAAUAGACAAUUUCAUUCCAGAGAGAUUGAUUUUGCAUCAAUUUGGUCCUUUAGUGACUUGUUACACCAAUUCGGUCCCCGAAUAAGUAACAUUCCAUCAAUU